AUGAAAUUGAUCAAACUUGACAACCUAGAUCCCGCUCGACACUCUCCCUACGAUCGUCAGCUUGGGAUUCUUCCUGAAGCCAAUACCACGAGCACCUCGUCCUUUGGAUUUAUCGCCCCUCCUGCCUCUCCACUAUACCUUACCUUGGCCCUAAUCGCUUGUACCGCCUGUACGCUUUUGGGUAUUAUCAUUGGAGUCGGUGUGUUGUCCUGUUGGCUGCAAGGCCAAUCAGUCUGGCUGAGUCGCCUAUUUGCCAGGGUUUCACUGCAAAAUCGAAGUAAGGAAGGACUCUCGAACCGGAAUAUUCUCAGAAGAUUUAACCAAGUCCGACAUUCGUACUCCGAAAUUAGUCAAUUCGGUCGAGAGUUGUCAAGCUCUGCUAUCCACACAACCGCAAUGACUGGAAUGACACAAUUGUGGUUAACUCCUUAUACUGAUCAAUCUGUCUGGCCUCAAAUUGCUCAAACUCCUUGCUGUAACCAAGACUCCAAUUCUGCACUCUCUAUUUCAUCACCCCCAUCGUGCUUAUCCCUUAAUAAAACCGCAUCACUACCAAAAUAUCUGGCCGGCCAGGAAGCACAAAAUUUACUUAAUUAUUCUCUAUUCGAAUCCGCCUCUUCCUCAAUCCCGGCUACAUUUAUCUUCAAUACAAAUCAGCCUGCCCUAACAAGAAGAGUCUCUUCAUCAUCAUGCAAUCUAGCUGACUCUAAUGACGAAUUCUUUGACGGUGCAAUGGAUUUAUACCUUUCUGACCACCACUCUUCUAGCAAGUGGUCAGAUUGCUUAAAACAGGCUCCAUUAAAUUCUCCCAGCUGCCGAACCCGAACAACAUCUCUCCGGCCCACUAUGAAUAGUAAAUUCACCUACCCAGCAAUGAUUCAUCAAAAGCAUUUGGAAUGCUCAGAUGGCCACCGACAAAACAAGAUUGAACAUAUUCAAAAUAUGGCUCAUCAUGAUUCAUUUGCUGAAAGUUUUGUUUCUGAUUCCAUCAAACAGAAAACCCAGGAUGGCAAGUUGUGCGAAGAUAAGUUGCUUUACAGCGAGGAUGCCAACUACGAUCUCCACUCAUCCUUUCCUACCAAGGAUCAUGUAGGUCCCGACAUACCCCUCAACAAUUCUAUGAUUCCAGUCCUUGCCUAUAUCACUUGUCAGAGCCGCCAAUGUAAAAAUCAAACAAUAAAACAGGAAGGAGAUGAGGUGGUAGCAGGAAUGGAUCAAAUCGACAAGGCCCGGAAUAAGACCAGUGGAAAUUUCGUCAAC